ACCUGCAGAGUAAGAGCUUCGAUCCAGCAGAAAAAAUGCUGACAUCUACGCCAACAUUGUACGGGGCAUGGGGGAGAAGGGCUAAACCAGGAACACGCAGCAGUGUUGCGUGAAAAUAAAGGAGCUUCAGCAAGCGUACCAGAAGACAAGGGAGGUGAACAGUCAUUCUGGUUCUGCCCCACAGACAUGCUGUUUUUAUGAGGAGCUGUAUGCAAUUCUCGGCGGCGACCCCACCACUACCCCAAAACACUCUGGGGAUACCUCUCAGGAGCCUCAGGCGACCAUGAGUAACGAGGAGGACGUUGUUGAGGAGGAGGAGAAUGUGAGGCAGGCAAGCGGAGGAUCCAUUCUCCCCGACAGCCAAGCACUGUUUUUAACCCUGGAGCCUGUCCCUUCACAGGACCAAUUGGAGGCGGAGCGUGAUGCUGGGGAAGGCACCUCUGCUGAAACCCUGUCCGUCAGCACAUUCUCAACACCGGGACAGAUUAGAAGGUGGAAAAAGAAGGCUCUGGAGGACUUGUUCAAUGUGUUAAUGCAUGCCUCCAAUAGUGACAAGAUGGAGCUCAGAGCAUGGAGGAUCACACUGUCCGAGAACCUAGACCUGGACAGGACAGCAUGCAGGGAAAAAGAGUGUGUCACACAGGACGAGAUGCUGCGGAUUAUGAAGGAGCAAUCAGACAUGUUGAGGCAUCUGGCUAAGGUUCAAGAAAGGCAGCUGGAUGCUAAAGUCCCUCUACAGCCUAUGCUGAACCGGCUGCCAUCAUCACCCAUUUCUACAUCCUCCUCCCCCAAACAUCCUGCGGGCAGCGAGUGGGGAGGAGUUUGGUAUCCCUCGCACUCAACACCAGUAUUUGAUAGGCAAAACUGCAACAAGAAAAAGCCCAACCGAAUAGAGCCAAGUGUGCUGGGACUGCUGCUCAGACAGAAUCAGCUCUGGGGAGAUCAGGGAGGUGACACCCUGCAUAUGUGA